AAUGUCGAAAGGUUUCAGUCUGAAUUUUAAAAAUGCUAAUGUAAUGACUUUUGAAUAAGAAAAUGAUUUAUUUGCUGGUUAGAGUAUCAAGGUAAUAUAUAAAUAAAUAAGCUAGCUAAAAUUUUAAUUAGAGGAGAGUUAAUAUGAUUUAGAGGUAAAACUUAUAAUUUCAUAAUAAGUUAGUUUAAGGUUGGAUAAGAUGUUGAAUGGGCUAAGAAAUGUGUGGCUGAAAAAAUAGACUGUGGAAGAAAUGAUUUUGUAUGGCAAUCAGAAUUAAAAUAAUUUAGGACCUGAUUUUCGAAGGGAAGAUAAUGCCAGAAUUCUUUUCUUUAAAUGAUAUCAAAAAUUUAAAGGAUUAAUCAAUCAUUGAAAUUAGAAUGAAGAAGUGAU